AGAAUGACCCGAAAACGGACGGGAUUAAUUUGAAUGUGUAGGACUUGAAGCGUAGUUGAACACCGUUUAAAAAAUCUUGUGGUCAAUCCAAAAAAGAUGACAAAGGAGAAGAGACAACAUUGCUGAACUCAAACUUUGAUCCUCAUCCAUGAACAGAUUUCCGAUCAUACACCGUUUGUGUCGGUUAUCUUCGACUGAUUCCUUCGUCGAGGUUAUGGGAACCAGCGGUCAUGAUGGGCUGCUGCAACGAGAAAGAGCACUUCAUGCUCACCUCGUGACGUCCGGGCUUGUCCGUUCGACGGGCAUAGCCGGAAAGCUUGUGGCUUUUUACGUCGAGUGUGGGGAGUUAGUUGACGCCAGGAAGAUGUUCGAUGAAAUGCCCGAAAGAGGCAUCAGUCGUUGGGUUGUGAUGAUUGGGGCAUGUGCUCGAAAUGGGCAUUAUCAGGAAGCCUUGGGGGUUUUCCGAGAAAUGCAAAGAGAAUGUUUAAAACUGGAUGCUUUUGUGAUUCCUAGUGUGCUUAAAGCCAGUGGCAAUCUGCUUGACCAAAAAUCUGGGAAGAUGAUACAUUGCCAGGUCUUCAAGUGUUCAUUUGACUCUGAUGCUUUUGUAGUUAGUUCACUGAUUGAUAUGUACUCGAAAUGUGGUGAGGUGGACGCUGCAAGGGACGUAUUCAAUGGUUUGGCUGAAAAGGAUUUGGUGGUCUUGAAUGCUAUGAUUUCGGGCUAUGCUCAAAACAGACGCACAGUAGAAGGGUUGAGCUUGGUGAAGGAAAUGAAGAAAUUGGAUAUAAAUCCUGAUAUCAUCACUUGGAAUGCUUUAAUCUCAGGUUUUGCACAGAUGGGUGAUGAAGAUGGAGUGUCUGAGAUUCUUAGAUUGAUGUGUCUGGAUGGGCACAAACCAGACAUUGUGUCCUGGACUUCAAUUAUAUCCGGUCUUGUACAGAAUUUCCAGAAUGAGCGGGCUUUCGACGCUUUCAGACAGAUGUUGAGUCAUGGGUUGUGUCCAAAUUCAGCUACGAUUAGUAGUCUUUUGCCUGCUUGUGCGACGCUCGCAAAUAUUAGGCUCGGAAAGGAGAUCCACGGUUAUUCGAUAGUCACCGGACUGGAAGACCAUGGUUUUGUCCGAAGUGCUCUGCUUGACAUGUACGCGAAAUGCGGAUCCAUAUCAGAAGCAAGGAUCUUAUUCUCCAAAACGCGUAAGAAGAGCACGGUUACUUUCAACUCGAUGAUCUUUGGAUAUGCAAAUCACGGGCUAUCUGAGGAAGCGAUUGAGCUUUUCAAUCAGAUGGAAGCCGAAAGAGAGAAACUCGAUCACUUAACAUUCACAGCUGUCCUCACAGCCUGCAGCCAUGCCGGAUUAACUGAUCUUGGGGAAAGGCUGUUCCUUGAUAUGCAGAGCAACUACAGGAUUGAACCAAGGCUGGAACACUACGCUUGUAUGGUGGAUCUUCUUGGCCGGGCAGGGAAGCUUGUCGAGGCUUAUGAGAUGAUCAAGGCUAUGCCAAUGGAGCCAGAUCUGUUUGUGUGGGGAGCUCUAUUGGGUGCAUGUAGGAACCAUCAGAACAUCGAGCUCGCACAGAUUGCAGCCAAGCACUUGGCAGAGCUCGAGCCUGCGAGUCUCGGGAACGGUUUGCUGCUGUCGAGCGUUUAUGCUGGUUUUGGUAGUUGGGAAAGCGUGGCGAGAGUGAAAAAGAUGCUGAAGCGGAAGAGAUUAAGAAGGUUUCCGGGGAGCAGCUGGAUCGAAACUGUGUGAUCUGAAUUGUGAUUGAAUGAACAGAUUCAUCUCAUCUUCAGUUUAUGCUUGUUGUGGGUGAAAUCCUUGCUUAUGAAUGGUUAAGAUGGAUGGCACAAUUGCCAGAUCACU